UGCGCGCCGACGAAGCCCGGGAAGGCAGGCGCGCGGGUUAGAACGCGCCAGAGGUCGGCGCGCGCGCACCCGCACCGCCCCGACCUCAGGUAGCGAGGCCAGUGAUUCGGAGUGUGUGAGGACCGGCAGUGGCGGCGGAGGAGGGGGCGGUGUGGGUGGGGGCGGGGGCGGGAUGCGCUCCCCGGCCCCUCUAGCCCCGUGGUGGUACAACGCGAAGGUGUGGGAAGGCCGCGACAAACCGGAACUACAGCCAGCCGGACACCUCCGGCUUCACUUCCGGCAGAGGAGAGGCGUGUACGGGAAGGGGCGGGAACUGGAACUUGGCCCAUCUCGUUGUGAGCUGAGCUCCGCGGCACGCUUUUGUGGCGUCAUUGCACUGUUACCCCGCCCUACGUGUCUCCGACGCUGACACCUUCGCACUGUGAAACGUCGCAACCUGUGACCUCUUGGGGGCGCCUCAAAUCUUCAACUGCAGCAUGGGAUCCCGGAAAGGCAGCGUCGGAGACUGGACCCAAAACUCUUCCUGUUCUGCCUGCAGAGCUGAGCCCCGUCCGGGUCCUGGACCCGCGCGGUAGUGACCCUGGAUCCCUGUUCACUGCGUUCUCGCUUCCCGCGCUGCCUUCUGGACCGCGGGAUGCCGGGAAUUUUUCACAGACAACCUAUGGGACACACUCCCUUGCUCAUGGCAGGAAGCACUGGAUGGACUGAACCCACCACAGCUGGCCACAAUGCUGCUGGGGAUGCCUGGGGAAGGGGAGGUCAUCAGGUACAGGUCAGUGUGGCCACUCACCCUGCUGGCCCUGAAGUCCACAGCCUGUGCCCUGGCCUUUACCCGGACGCCUGGCUUUCAGACCCCCUCAGAGUUCCUGGAGAACCCCAGCCAGAGCUCCCGACUAACAGCUCCAUUCCGGAAACAUGUCAGGCCCAAGAAGCAGCAUGAGAUCCGGAGGCUGGGAGAGUUGGUGAAGAAGCUGAGUGAUUUCACAGGCUGCACCCAGGUUGUAGACGUGGGCUCAGGCCAGGGCCAUCUCUCCCGCUUCAUGGCUCUUGGCCUGGGGUUGAUGGUGAAGAGCAUCGAAGGGGAUCAGAGACUGGUGGAGAGAGCCCAGCGGCUGGACCAGGAGCUUCUGCAAGCUCUGGAGAAAGAGGAGAAGAGGAACCCGCAGGUGGUCCAAACCAGCCCUCGUCACUCCCCACACCAUGUGGUUAGGUGGGUAGACCCCACAGCCCUGUGUGAGGAGCUUCUGCUUCCACUGGAGAACCCGUGUCAGGGCAGGGCCCGCUUGCUGCUCACAGGCCUCCACGCCUGUGGGGAUCUGAGUGUUGCCUUGCUGAGGCACUUCUCCUGCUGUCCUGAGGUGGUGGCCCUGGCCUCAGUGGGCUGCUGCUACAUGAAGCUGAGUGACCCUGGCGGCUACCCACUGAGUCAGUGGGUGGCUGGGCUGCCUGGCUAUGAACUGCCCUACAGGCUUCGGGAGGGGGCCUGCCAUGCCCUGGAGGAAUAUGCUGAGCGGCUACAGAAAGCUGGCCCUGGCCUCCGAACUCACUGCUACCGUGCAGCACUGGAGACAGUCAUCCGACGGGCCCGGCCCGAGCUCCGUCGGCCAGGCGUGCAGGGUAUCCCCAGGGUCCACGAGCUCAAGAUUGAAGAAUAUGUGCAGCGGGGGCUACAGCGAGUGGGGCUGGACCCCCAGCUGCCACUGAAUCUGGCUGCCCUUCAGGCCCACCAGGCCCAGGAGAACCGUGUGGUAGCCUUCUUCAGCCUGGCUCUACUGCUUGCCCCACUGGUGGAGACGCUUAUUCUACUGGACCGGCUGCUGUACCUUCAGGAGCAGGGUUUCCAUGCUGAGCUCCUGCCCAUCUUCAGUCCUGAACUCUCUCCCAGAAACCUGGUUCUGGUGGCCACCAAGAUGCCCCUGGGUCAGGCUCUUUCUAUUCUGGAGACUGAAGACAGCUGAUGCAGCCUGAGGACACAUCUCAGACCCCAUCAUCUGAAAGUGCCCAGAUAGCACAGUGGCAGAGUACACCUCAUACAGAGAAGCAGCAUCCUGCAUCCUCCUGAGUCGUGGUUCCUUCAGUUUCAUCCCCUUUCUCUCCCUCCAUGGAUUAUGUAAUACAGUGUAAAGUUUUAAUUUAUUAAAAAUUAGAAAUCUUU